AUGGAGUCAGUUUUCGUUAGAUAUAUGCGACGACGGAGAGAUGCGACAUACCCUAAACGGUACCACGAUGAUAGCCAUGGAGAUUACGCAAUCAUGUAUCAGGAAAUUUUGCAGGAGGCGCCCGAUUUGCACCAACCCGAACCGGUAGAGGUUUUGAGCAGAAGAACCAUUAACAGAUGUCGUGUGGAUGCAGAUGCCAAGAUGAUGCAGGACUACUUCAACCCCGGUUGCAGAUACGAACCUGAGAGGUUUAAGGGACGUCACGGUUUGCCCCUAGAACUUUUCUUUAAAAUAUUGCCUGAAAUUUGCGGUCGAGAUCGUGAUUUUUUACAGCGAAGAGAUGUUUGUAACAUCCCGGGUCACUCUCCUCAUAUGAAAAUGUUCGCCGUCAUGAAACACCUGGCAAAGGGGGUAGCUGCAGAUAGCCUUGACGAUUACACUCAGAUGGUUACGGCAACAAUAUACAUGUAUGUUAAAAAGUUUAUGGAUGCACUACUUUGGGUUUUUAACGACCGCUACAUGAGGCAACCAACAACCAAAGAUACUAAGAGGUUAUUGGCUCAGAACGAAGCUCGUGGUUUUCCUGGAAUGCUUGGAAGCCUCGGUUGCACCCAUUGGGAGUGGAGGUUAUGUCCUACUAAAGAAUCCGACCGACACGUGGGACACAUUAAGAAAUCAAAUCUUGUUUUACAGGAAGUGGCAUCAUACGAUAGAUGGUUCUGGCACUGUUAUUUUGGCGAGGCCGGGGCUAACAACGACUUGAAUGUGUUGGCGCAGUCGGGAUUAUUAGAUAGAGCGAAGGACGCGUUAGCCCCUACUUGCAAUUUCCGCAUCAACGGUCACGAGUACAAGCAUGGAUAUUAUUUAGUCGACGGCAUCUAUAAUGAAAUGUCGGGGGUGGUCCAUGGGUAUAAGAGACGCGAGACAAUGCCGACGAUCCAUAAGAAAUUUAAUGAAUACCACUCCGCAAAGAGGAAGGACGUGGAGCGUGCUUUUGGUGGUCUGAAGUCCAAAUGGGGUAUAAUUAGGAAUCCUUGUCACUAUUGGUCUCAUCGUGACGUACAAACAAUUAUGAGAGCGUGUUUAAUAAUGCAUAACAUGUGUGUGGAUUUUGAGUAUCAUGAUAUGGAAUGGGCGAGCUACGAUGGACGAGAAGAAACACCUCCAGUACAAGGUAACGUGAGAGAAGCGCAUGCGUAUUAUAAGAUCCAUGCCCGGUGGAGAUUCUUACAAGCAGAUAUAACCGAGCACAUUUGGCAUCGUCACGUGCUAGGAUUGCGAGACGGUGAAGUCGGACCCGCUGAGGUCCAGGAUGCCCUCCCUACUUUCGAUGAGGGUACUACCGAUGUGGAUGAAAAUGCAGAUGUUUACCCAACUAAUGAUGAUAACUUUUAUGAGAACGGAGAGUAG